AUGGAAGACGAAGAGAUCUCUCAAGAAGACGCGUGGGUUGUGAUAUCUGAAUACUUCAAAGAAAACGGCUUGGUCUCGCAGCAGCUAUCCUCCUUCAACCACUUUAUCCUCCACACAAUCCAAGAAAUAAUCGAGGACUCUGCCGAAAUCACCAUCAUUCCCGAGCGUCAAUACCGCCCAGGUGAGCGACAGCAGCAAGAACUUCGUUACGUCAUAAGCUUCAAACAAGCAACCCUCGGUGCAAGGCCUGUCCUUAAAGAACAAGACGGGAGCUCCAACCUGAUCUUUCCUCAUGAGGCUCGUCUCCGCAAUCUGACAUACGCUUCUAACCUCUUGGUCGACGUCCAAAAGCAGUCAAUCGUCAACUAUGAAGGCCGAGGCGAGCACGUAGAAGGCGAAGAAGAGCAAAAAGGAGUCUUCAUUGGCAGAAUCCCUAUUAUGGUCAGGUCUAACUAUUGCGCGUUAAGCAAUAAGACAGAAAAAGAAAGGAUCACCUAUAAAGAGUGUGUCUUUGACCAAGGAGGGUACUUCAUUAUCAAUGGGAAAGAGAAGGUCUUGGUUGCGCAAGAAAAAAUGGCCAAUAACUUUGUAUAUGUUUUUCAUAGGUCACAGCCGUCGAAGUACUCGUGGGUCGCGGAAAUUAGGUCGCAGAAUGAGUCAAGCAAUAAAGUACCGUCACAAUUUUCUAUUAGGCUGACGCAGAAAAUUAAACUUAAGUAAGAUUAUAAGAGAAGUCACUGCAGGCAUGCUUCUAGCACUACUAGCCUCCUAUUGCUCCAACGCUUGCUUGUCAGUCCGAGUACGACCUCUCACUGUGUUGCUCUUGACGGAAAGGGUUUGUAUUCGCUACCUAAGAGUUAGAUACGCUGGAUCACCAUGCUGUAUGCGAGUUCAGCUUCCAAAAAUCAAAUUUUCUGGUCACCAGUUGUCAAGAUGAAAACUUAGAGCUCAGGAAUCAAAUUCUGGUAUCAUGCUAGGAAGGUCCCAGAUUAACCUUCUAACCUUGACCUGGCUAUAAUUGCUGUCGGCCAAUUCCGACAUUGUGCUUCUGCAGACCAAGUAAAGCUCGGCCGUUUGCAAAUUUCCAAACAUCAUCCUCCCUUCCACAAGGUCCCCGACUAAUACCGGCUUCAGCUAUUAAGAGGAUAGGCUGGUUUGGCACGCCAUUUUAAUAUAUCUAUAAGGCUGACACACAAGGUGAAAUCCUCGCAUGAGCAAGUCAUAAGGGCUAAUUUACCAUAUAUAAAAUCUGAUGUGCCAGUGGUUAUUUUGUUCAGAGCUAUGGGUUUUGUGGCUGACAAAGACAUUAUUAGUCAUAUUUGUUACGAUGCUGCUGACGUCAGGAUGAUGGAGCUACUGAAGCCGUCACUGGAAGAAGCCUUUGUGAUCCCUUCACAAGAAGUAGCCUUAGAUUUUAUAGGAAGAAGAGGAAACUCUGUAGGAGCGUCUCAAGAGCAAAGAAUUAUAUACGCUAAAGAUCUGCUACAAAAAGAAAUGCUGCCACACGUCAGCGUCUCAGCAGAAUAUGAAACCAAAAAAGCAUUUUUCGUCGGAUAUAUGGUCCAUAGGCUCUGCAAUGCAGCAUUAGGGAGAAAUAAAGAAGAUGACAGAGAUCACUAUGGGAAAAAAAGACUGGACCUGGCUGGGUCGCUGCUUGCUAAUUUAUUCAGGCAGCUUUUUAGAAGGUUCACAAAGACAGCUCAAGAAGUCAUGAAAAAACAAGUAGAUUCUCAGCAUGAUAUUAACUUGGUAGCUGCUGUAAAAGAACAUAUCAUUACUAGUGGCUUAAGAUACGCCUUGGCAACUGGAAACUGGAUGCAGGACAAGACAGGAGCAGUCUCCAAGACUGGUGUCAGCCAAGUCUUAUCAAGGCUUACUUUUUCUUCUUCAUUGUCUCAUUUAAGAAGACUUAACACCCCUUUGCAAAAGCAAGGCAAACUUACCAAGCCAAGACAGCUUCACAACACCCAUUGGGGCAUGAUCUGUCCUGCAGAGACCCCAGAAGGCCAAGCUUGUGGUCUUGUGAAAAAUCUGACCUUGAUGGCCCAUAUUUCAGUCUCAUGCAACUCUUCACAGUUACAAAGAAUGCUUGAAGAGCUGAAUACAGAAAACCUUGUGGAGCUCAGCGUCAAAAAUAUCCAUGACAGAACCAAAGUAUUCUUUAACGGAAGCUGGAUUGGGAUUCAUGGAGAUGCUGAAUAUCUAGUAAAAACCUUGGUAAACUGCAGAAGAGGUGGGAUGCUGCCUAAACAAGUUUCUAUAGUCAGAGAUAUCCCUAAUAAAGAAAUCAGAAUCUACUCAGACUCUGGAAGAAUCCAAAGACCAGUUUUUAUUGCAGAAAAUAAUAAGAUUAAAAUGUCAAGAUAUUAUAUAGAACAAAUGAAGCUGCCGAGAGAAAGACCAGACCAUUUGAGCUUUGAUAAAUGUACAGAACUGGGGUUGAUUGAGUUUUUGGAUACAGAAGAAGAGGAGACUUCGCUGAUUGCGAUGACUAUGAAAGAAUUAAAUGAAGGAGGGAAUAAGGGAAAAUAAAAAAAAAACCUAUAGUGUAAAAUUUUUAUUAUAAAAAAUUGACAGUAAAAUCUGCACGAAAAAAUACAUUGGAAAGAAUUUUUAUCGGAAAAAUUACUAUAAUUUAUUUUGUCCAGGAAUAAGUACCAUUAUACACAUUGUGAAAUCCACCCUUCUAUGAUUUUAGGAGUCUGCGCCUCAAUUAUCCCAUUCCCAGACCACAACCAAAGUCCUAGAAAUACCUAUCAAAGUGCUAUGGGUAAACAAGCUAUGGGUAUCUAUACAAGCAACUAUCAGCUGAGAAUGGACACUUUGGCACAUGUCCUUUACUAUGCCCAAAAGCCUUUAGUCAUGACCCGUGCUAUGGAAUUCAUGUAUUUCAAAGAGCUUCCUAGUGGCUGCAAUGCAGUCGUCGCAAUUGCCUGUUAUACAGGGUACAACCAAGAAGAUUCCGUCAUUAUGAAUCAGUCCUCAAUUGACAGAGGAUUUUUCAGGUCAAUUUUUUACAGAACUUAUGAAAACCAAGCCAAAACCAUUGGAGGGGCUGAUGAAGAAUUCCAUAUCCCUGCCAAAGAAACUACAGUAGGAACACGUGACGGCUGCUAUGAUAAAUUAGAUGUAGAUGGCCUUAUCAUUCCUGGACAAAGAGUAUCAGGCGACGAUGUCAUUAUUGGAAAAACAGCUGCUUUAAACGCUUUUGGCGCUACAAAUAGACAGACAAGAAAAGACGUUUCUAUCUGUUUAAGGCAUAGUGAAAGCGGUAUCAUUGAUUCUGUACUGUUAACUGUCGACGACCUUGGCCACAAAUUUGCCAAAAUUAAAAUGAGAUCUAUCAGAAUCCCACAAAUUGGUGACAAAUUCGCAAGUCGUCACGGCCAAAAAGGGACAAUUGGUCAAACCUUUAGACAAGAAGACUUACCGUUCUCUAAACAACUUUUACUUGAACAAUUAUGCUGACCAUAAGUUGAUCUAGUAACUAGCCGUCGCCUACCUUGGCUCCAAAAGGGCGACCUUUUGGAGUUCUAACCUGAACCGCCUGUCCAGGGAUCAGCCCCCUUGGACAGAGCCAUCGUCUGUGAAAUGCCCCAAUGGUCCCGAUAAGAUAAGACUAUGUGGUGAACAAAUCCUAUCUAGCCCAUCUGGCAGGACAGGAAAACCUUCAAAAGAGAAAAAAACUUCCCUUUUCAGCAAGGCAUCCCAAGCCUGUAGGCCUAUUUCAAAAGGGACAGAGGCCUGCUUUCAGCUUCAUCAGGAUAGGCCCUACCUGCUCCAUAAAGAGUGCACCUCUGAUACCAAUUUCCUUCAACGUCACAUUUUAUUCCUCUUUCUCUAAACAAGGGAUUUCUCCUGACAUUAUAGUUAACCCUCAUGCAAUUCCAUCCCGUAUGACAAUUGGCCAUUUAAUUGAAUGCUUAGCUAGCAAAGUCGCCUGUCUAAGAGGUGAAGAAGGUGAUGGUACUCCAUUCCAAAGUGUGACCGUAGAAGACAUAUCAAGAGAUUUGCAUGCUUUAGGAUACCAACUACGUGGAAAUGAAGUAAUGUAUAACGGCCACACUGGAAAUAGGCUGGCUUCUCAGAUCUUCUUUGGGCCUACUUAUUAUCAAAGACUUAAACAUAUGGUCGACGACAAAAUCCACUCAAGAGCCAGAGGCCAAGUACAGUCUCUUACAAGGCAGCCAACAGAAGGAAGAUCCAGAGAUGGUGGCCUAAGGUUCGGAGAAAUGGAAAGGGAUUGCAUGAUUUCUCAUGGUGCUGCUAGAUUUCUAAAAGAAAGACUAUUUGAAGCCAGUGACGCUUAUAGAGUCCACGUCUGUGAAAACUGUGGGCUUUUUGCCAUUGCCAAUUUAGAUAGAAAUAUGUUCCAAUGCAAGCAAUGUAAAAAUAAAAAUACCAGGAUUUCACAAAUAUUCAUCCCUUACGCCUGCAAGUUGUUGUUCCAAGAGCUUAUGGCAAUGCAUAUUGCGCCAAGGCUUCAUACAUCGAUUAGCUAA